AUGGGGAGGGUGAUAGCUGGCCUUCUCCUGGUUCUCGCCGUCGCCCACCUGGUGGUGGAGCCGGCCGGGGCCAUCACCUGCCAAGACGUGAGCUCCACCAUCGGCUCCUGCGUCGCCUACGUGACGGGGAAGCAGCCACGCCCGACGGCGGCUUGCUGCGCCGGCGUCCGCAGGCUGCACUCUCUGGCGUCGACCACCGCCGCUCGGCGGACCGCCUGCAACUGCCUGAAGUCGAGGGAGGGGCGCAUCAAGAACAUCAGAGACCAGAACUUGAGCGCCCUCCCCGGCCUCUGCUCCGUGUCUCUUGCCUUCCGCCUCAGCACGAGGACCAACUGCAACUCGUGA